CGUGCCGCAGGAAAUCGGCGGCAAAGCAUGCCCGUACGAAACUCGGGAAAUUUCUCACCGAGCGGAUUCUCGAUCCGCUCUGUUCCUCUCAGUAGAAAUCAGCGGCCAACGGGUGGAACACCAUCGAGAUAUCGGUGCAAGUAUAAAACCGAUAUAUCCGUGCAUCGCUCUGGACCUUCGUUCCGCCUUUUUUCUCUCCAACGUCUCGUUCUUCUCGACGAUGUAUCAUCACCUGUACCACCUGGUUCUUUUUACGGUCCUGAGCACCGGCUCGGGUUCGUCGUGGCACGAUCGUCGGUACAAUUCGCAAAGUGACACGGGAGAGAUCGAUUUAGCGAGCAUCGUCCAUACCACUCCUCUCGGACCGGAAGCCACCUUUCAUUGGAGGGUCGAUUUCACGAGCGAAUCGAUCGUCGCGGAAGUCCACUUCGUAGACGCGGGCAACGCGUGGUUCGCCAUUGGCUUUUCGAAUUACGGGGAAUCGAAGCCCGCCGAUUAUUGCAUCUUAUGGAUCGAUUGGCAUCGUCGAAUUCGAUUACAGGACGCGUGGGCCGACGAAGAGGGCAAAUUGAAUUUGGAUACGCAGCAGGACUGCGAAAAUUUCGCCUGGAGAAGAAGAGGGAACGUUACCAAGUUCACUUUCUCCAGAAAAUUCGACACAUGCGAUGAAAACGACUAUGUCAUGGAGAGAGGCACCACGCAUUUGGUAUGGCUAAGGGGUAUCGGCCCGCUGUCGUCUUUGGCCGGUCUGCGGAUCUCGGACGCGAAAGCUUCCGGCAUGACGCGGACGGAGUUGAUCAGAGUACUUCACGAGAGACCAGUUUUUCCUUCCGACGCCUGGAAGUUGGAGUUGUUGGCUCGUCGCGUCAAAAUACCGAGCAAGGAGACCACUUACUGGUGUCGCGUGCAUAAAUUGCCACCGAUCCUGUCCAAAAAGCAUCAUAUCCUUCAGUUUGGUCCAGCGAUACAAACGGGAAACGAGCAUCUGGUACAUCAUAUGGAAAUCUUCCACUGCGUCGGGCCCGCGGAUAUGGAAAUCCCCAUGUACGACGGACCCUGCGACGAUGCCGAUAGGCCGGAGAAAACCCAUAUAUGCAAAAAGGUGUUGGCGGCCUGGGCAAUGGGCGCGGACGCGUUCGUCUAUCCCGAGGAAGUUGGAUUCCCCAUCGGUGGAAAGGAUUUUAAUCCUUAUGUAAUGUUGGAGGUCCAUUACAACAAUCCCGAGAUCGAGGAAGGAAAGAUCGAUUCAUCCGGGAUUCGUUUGAUUCUAACAUCGAGCUUACGGAAGUACGAUGCCGGCGUGAUCGAGUUGGGUUUAGAGUAUACGGAUAAAAUGGCGAUACCGCCGCAGCAAGAAGCCUUCGCUUUAUCGGGGCACUGCGUUCAGGAGUGUACGGGGGUUGGACUUCCGCAGCAAGGGAUCCAUAUUUUCGCUUCGCAGCUUCACACGCAUCUAACUGGCACGAAAGUUCUCACCCGCCAUAUCCGGGACGGAGAAGAAUUGCCUCUCUUAAAUUACGACAAUCACUACUCUACACACUUCCAAGAGAUUCGACUUCUGCCGAAACCCGUCACCGUUUUACCCGGCGACUCUCUGAUAACGACUUGCACGUACAAAACGAUGGACAGGAAGAACGUUACUCUUGGCGGUUUUGCAAUUUCCGAUGAAAUGUGCGUGAAUUACAUCCAUUAUUAUCCCGAUGCUCGAUUAGAGGUAUGUAAAAGCGCUAUAAGCGACGAUGCUCUGAGAACCUACUUCCGAUAUUUAAGAGAAUGGGAAAGUCAACCCACUACUAUCGACACCGAUGUAUCAACGAAUUAUCGAAGUAUCCGAUGGACGAAAGUUCGUGUGCAAGCUCUACGCGAUCUCUACGAAGCUGCACCGUUAGGAAUGCAAUGCAACGCGUCCGAUGGAUCUCGACUUCCUGGAUUAUGGGACAACAUAGCAGCUACACCGGUUAAACUACCCUUGUCUCCGCCGGCUCGAAGCUGCCCCGAUUCGUUGGCGAAACGAACAAAGAAAUAUGAAAUCCCGUUUAGAAAUAUCGAUCGGUAGACUGAGAUGUUCCCGUAUUAUUGUCGCGUUAUUUUCGCGGCACUUGCGUAGAAUUAUAGUUGGAAACAAUCGAGUUGCUUAAAAUUAAGGAUGCUUGGCUUUCGAUUCGACGCAAAUAAAACCAACGAUAGACCAUAAA